CAUCCGUUGUACCAUCCGUUGCACUAAAACGUCCGUUAUCUACUUGAUAAAGAGCAAGUUUUGAAUCACUUUUGAUGGAGGGCAGUAGAUAUAACUGGAUGUUACUUUUGUUUUUGAUGUUUUUACAAACUUGUUCAGCUGCAAACGAUAACACUGUGCAAGGGUAUCUUGGAUGUUUCGAGGACUCAAGUGACAGACUGCUGAACAAAAGUCUAGAAAGUUCCAAUUCGAAUACCGGUGAAAAGUGCAAACAACGAUGUGAGAGAGAAGGUUUUAGAUAUGCGGGAACUGAGUAUAGGAUCGAGUGUUAUUGUGGCAAUUCAUUCAGUCACAAGACGGAGGUAUCUGGAUGCAACAUGACGUGUCCUGGUAACAGUAUGGAAUAUUGUGGUGGAGAUUGGCGUAUAUCUCUCUACGACAAUUGGAUGUCUGCUACGAGUUCUAUGAGAACGACACAGCAUACGACUUCGACAAGAUCAACAAACAAGGUGACAACAGCAACACACCAUUUGACUACGACAACAUCAGCAAAUAAGGUAUCUACGACAACAACAACAACAACAACAACAACAACAUCAACAACACUGACCACUUCGAUGCAAGUAACGACAGCAGCACUAAUAACGGAAACAGAAUCGAUCUAUAGACAUGGAAUAUCUGCACAAGAAAGUGGAAGUGGAGACAGUUCUCAAGGCACAGUCUAUAUUUCCGUUUCGGCUGUUGCUAUCUUAACACUUAUCGCUAUCGUCACUAUAGCUUGCUGGUGUAAAAGGAGGAGAAGUCACCGUGGAGAUAAAAUAUCAGUGAGUUGUCAGGAUGUGCAAGCAGACGAUACUGCAGAAACACAAAUGUAUGAAAACCAGCAAACUUCAAGACAUGUUGAAAGGUUUGAACCAGGAAAACAGGCGGACUUAAAUAUCACUGAUUACAUUAAUGAAAAUCAGACAAUUGCACAACGACCAGAUCACAACAGACAAAUAUCAGCAAAAUUGUUAAACAAUAUUGUAGAAGACAAUAUAUAUGAGAAUCAAAUAGCUUCUGAUCCAAUCCCAGAACUUGGUAAAAAGCAGCCUGAAAAUAAUUAUGAAGUAUUACAAAGUGAAGGGAAACUGUGCGACGAGUAUCUCACUAUUGAUAAUGUAAAUCAAAUUCAGUAUUAACUCUUAUCAUGCUGGACACUAUUGAUUCUGCCUUCCCGACCAGUGUAGAUCAUGAUCACUAAUGAUCAGCAUGCACAUCCGUGCAGUGUGAUCAUGAUCUACACUGUUCGCCAUCCGGUCAAUAUCGUUUGGUAUGCGCCCCUUUUAACAGUUAAUGGUACUGUCCAAAUUGAAAGGUGAAUAAGUUCAUUAUAAAUAUUUAGUAGGGUAAGGGUUAAUAAACCCAUUCUAUAGAAGGUUCACAUGUUCGUUGACAGUGAAAAUUACCAUUUUGUUUACAUAAAUAGAUAUUACACUGUAAGAUAACUUUAAAUUGCACAACUAUGUAUGGACAAGAUCACUCAUAAACUUUUUUUCGAACAGGUCAGAUAUAAAUAGUUUGCAUGUUAUCUAAGGUGGCAUUUUGCUGCCACGAGAUAGGUAAGAAGCUGUCACGAUAACCGUGUAAGCUUCCCGACAAAUGAGUUCAUUUUUCUGAAAACCUUUAAGAAAAAUGUAAAAUUUUCUAGAUAUUCUGUUUAUUUCCUGAAAAUAUUUAGCGUAAAAGUUCGCUUUAGUGCUUGAAACUGCCACGAGAUACUUGGUAGCUAUCACGAAGAUAUUCUAAACUUUCCGAAAAAGGUGUAAAUGUUUGCAAUAAUUUAUUUUUUCUAUAUAUGCUUUUAGGCUAUUGAGAUAAAGUGUUCAGAAAACUUCGCUUUAUCAAGAUAAUAUUUUCCAAGCUAUCUCGUGGCAGAAAUAUGCCACCAUACGAAACCUUGAAAGAAAUGACUGCUUUCAUGAAUUUUUUUUUAUAUAUUCACAAAAAAAUCCAGAAAAGUUCUGAAUUUCAAUUGUAGAAAGAAUCCAUUUUUAUUUUCGCAAGAACUUUUAUUUUCAUGAUCACAUUUAACUUUCUCGAAGGACUGAUAACACCAAAUUAUUGCUUUUUUUAUUGAAAUAAGAUCUAGAAUAUUGCCAUUGUGAAUUUCCACGUUUUAGUUUUAUUCAUUGAGAAAAUGUCUACAUACGAGUAAUUGUUAAAAGGUAAUUUUCAUGGGAUCAUUUUUAGAGGGUGAUGCUUUUCGGAACAGAUUAUUUUUCUUAUAUGUAACAUAACAUCUCAAUAUUUAUUUUUUAUUUUGGUAAGAAGACAUGUUACACUAAAUGACUAUAUGAUUGUUGAAUCAUUGAAAUGCUCUAAAGUACUAGAAAUGAGGUAUCAAGUUUUCAUUAUUUAUUUGAAAUAAAGAAGGAACUGAA